AUGGCAACCGAUGGCGACAGCAAGUUGGCGGAACUGUGAGUUUGAUUAAAAAAAUGCUAACAAAAAUGUUUUUCAAAAACGACAAUUUCAGCGAGAAACAGCUUGAAAUGAACCCGCCGAGCGAGUCCGAGUUUGGCACAUUUGUCGACGCGUUGUACGAAGUUUGCGAUACGGUCGGAAAGGCGCUGGGCGACGAUAAAAAAGAAAAGUGCGACGACAAAACGGCGGAGGCAAUCGAGAAGCUUUGCAAGGAUUACGACAAAAUCUCCGAUUGUGAGUGGGCUCAAACACGCUCUUUUGGGAGCAAACUGUUUCUGCGCUGAGGAGAAAAUUGCGUAAUUAUCGAAUUUUUUCGACAUUCUUCAACUGUUCAGGUAAAAUUCCGGAAAGAAAGUGAUUUUCAGUGCCCUAGACGAGUAAAUUUCCAUUUUUUCCUAAAAAUUGUCGAUUAUCGAUUUUUCGCGUAAUUGCGCAACCUGAACGAUUUCAUUGAAUAAAACCAAUAAAACCCGCGCUUUUUCUGUAAAAUUUCUAGAAAACAGUGAUUUUUGAGGCUUCUGAAUGAAAAUCGAUAUUUCAGACAAGCAGUGCAAGACGUACUUGAGCACGACGGACUCUGGAACCGCGACCGUCGUCGCGGUCGUCCUCGUCAUCUUUCUUCUGGUCGUUUGUGCCGUCAUCAUCGCCGUUUUUUGCUUUUUGCGCCGCAAAAGACAGAAGGGCGGCACGGAUAAGGCGCUAGCCUGA